AUGCUGCACAGCUGGUAUCCUGUGCAAAAUUUCACGGUUGACGAGAUCGCGGUCGAAAGAGAUUCACGCUUUCUCCAACCUGCUUGGGAAUUCAUCAAGGUGACUCCGCAGAAUUUUUUAUUCAAACCUGAAAAAAAAAACUUUUUCAGAACGGUAAUGAGCACAUUUUGGCCUCACCGCUUUUUCCUCCAUUUUACGCGCUCUCGAUCGAUUACAUUUGGGUUGCAGUCUUCACUUGUAUAUUCGUCAAAAAUUGAUAUUUCACGAUUCUGAUUUCAGUUAUCGAUCUAGUCUUAUGUGACGUUACAAUUUUCAAGAAUGCCAAAAUCCAAAAAGACCGUAAAGUUACGUGGAGUUUAAUGAAGAAGUCGUUCCAUCUGCAGAUUUGGAAUCAACUUUUAUGGUUUGUUUUCAACCGCAUUCAUACUAUCUAGGUUAUUGAAACAUGUUUAAUGUUUCAAUAACCUAGAUAAAGAAAGGAAAAAAAUUUUGCGAGGUAUUCGAAUGAUCGUAUGGACUCUUUUUUUCUGGCUAGUGCUUCAUAUCUCAAGUAGGAUUGCUUUCCUGAAGAACGUUUGUUAACUAUUAGCUUUGAUGUUUCAAAGUUUUUUUUUUAAUUUUUACUUCGUUUUGUCAACCUUGCCAACUUCAGGAUCUAUCCUAUGGCGCUGGUGCAACUGAUUUGGGUACCCGACACCGAACUUCCAGUUUUGGCUCCGACGGUCUUCGAGUUCUGCUCACAAAUCGUCAUUUUUUUUGUGGCGUUCGAUUUUAGUUAUUUCUGGUUUCACUAUUUCAACCACAGAGUAUUCCACACCUUGUUUCUUAUUAAAAUUGCAGCAUUCAGAUAAAGUUUUUGUACCGUUGGUGUCACUCAGUUCACCACAUGUACUCUUCUCCGUUCGCUGCGUCUGCGCAACAUCUCCAUCCUUUUGAGGUUUGUUUUUGAUAUUUCACUAUUUGAUCAAAUUUUUCAGCUUUUCUUUGUUGCAACCUUUAUCACGGCGUUCCCCUGGGUGUUUCCUACGCACUGUCUGACGUACUGGGUUUGGUUCCUCAUUGCUCAGAGUGUUUCCUAUGAGGUUUCAAAUGAAAUUUUUUUGGAAUCCCUUUUUUGAAGGUUCACAUCGGAUACGACUUUCCAUUUGCAUUGCACCGCAUCUUCUGGUUCUAUUCGGGAGCUCCAGCUCAUGAUAUGCAUCACCUGCGUCCAUUGACUUGCUUCCAACCUUGGUUGAAUUAUCUCGAUCGAAUCAUGGGUGAGAAAUAUUUUUAUCUUCGAUUUACAAUUUUUGAGCCAUAUAAUCUGAAAUCGGAAAGAAACUUGACCCUGAUAUGGAAAAUCCAUAAAAAAAUUUACUUCAUCUUUGUUAAAAACGGAUACAGAACAAACUCUUUUUGCUCAAAUUUUACGAAUAAUUUGGAACGUUUGCUUUUCUAUUGCAAACAAAGAAAUUAUGAAAAUAUGUCAGUGACCAUGACACUGAAAAGCUAACAAGAGUUCAAUUUAAGUUUUAGAAAAAAACUGGGGCGUUAUUAUACGUUUCUGUGUUUGUCACAGGUAAAAAAAGAAACACAGCCCGCAAAGUUUUUUGAAAAAUUUGACAUGAAUUGUCAAUCACUUGCCAACAAUGUAAAAUAUUGCUUUUUUGAUUUUCAUAACCUUUUAGGAUACCACAUCACAUACGAAGAUCUGAAACGGAUGUCUGCCGAGAAGUUCAAGCGUUUUGGCCUAUACGACAAAAAUGACGUCGCCGAUUUGGAAAAAAUAAACUAA